AUGCAACAACUCUCCUCUGAGAAAGAACAGAGCUUCUAUUCACUAUCAACUGUGAUCAACAUGCGUUUUGGCUACCGAGAGGGAUAUCGCACUAAAGUAGAGGAGUACUGCUGGCUCCGAAUUUUUCUAAAGAAUAACUACUCCUUACUCGUUGGCUGUGUUUAUCACCCACCCAAUGCCAGUGUGAACUACGAUCUUGGUCUCUCGCGGGCAUUUCAUGCCGCAGCCAACUUGAAUCUUAAGUACUGUUUGAUUGAAGACGACUUCAAUCUUCUUGACAUGAAAUGGUUUCCACCCUCCGGUCCUUCAAAGUUUGAGAACAUACUUGAGGCAGCAGGAGCAGGUAGUCGAUUUUCCCACCAGAGGAUCAAACAUAAUGGACGAGACCGAGUGGAUGGCCAGGGUGGAGGAGUUGCUAUGCAUGUAAAGAGCGAGUUAAGUGUGGGCGGGAGGACUGAAAGAAUUACCUAUGGUAUGGAGGCUAUUUGGUUGCCAAUUAAGGCGGUAGGGUCGCAGCCCCUGGAAGCCGUGACCGUCUACCGACCACCGCGGACAGAUACUGAUGCAGAGUGUUUACUGCAGUGCGUAAGGGAGAUAGGUAGUCGACCUGAUGUUUUAAUUAUGGGUGACUUCAAUGCGGGCGAAUUGUUCUAA